GCGGCUGUUCCCUGGCUAACUGCGCUGAGGUGCAGAAGCUGGAGAGAUAUGUAUGUCUGGUUUCGAUCAAUGAACCCACCUGGUGCUUUCCGAAUCAGCCAGCACCGUGUAAACUAACGCUGUAGCCCAGCGUGUGUGAUCACGAAGGCCGUAUUUCAGCGUAUCUUUGUAUCUGUAGCUAGUAUGUGGUCAAAUGAGGACCUCAACGCUAACACCAGCUGUCUGGUGAGCACUGGAGAUUCCACUUUAGACAAACUCAUCAGCCAGUGGAUCUCCUGGGAUAAGAAUGGAGCGACCCAAGAGCAGAUCAAAAGCCUGGUGCAGGAAGGGCGGGUGGAGGAACUCAGGAGGAGGCUGUGCUCCAGGAUGACUUUUGGAACUGCUGGACUGAGAGCAGCUAUGGGGGCUGGCUUUUCCCUCGUCAAUGAUCUCACAGUCAUCCAGUCAACCCAGGGGAUGUAUAUGUACCUGGCCAAGUGUUUCCCUGAUUUGUGUAGUAGAGGCUUGGUGGUUGGCUAUGACACAAGAGCAGAGGAGUGCAGUGGCUGCACCAGUGAACGGCUUGCGAGGUUGACUGCAGCCGUGAUGCUUUGUAAAGAUGUUCCUGUUUAUCUGUUUUCUACUUAUGUGCCUACCCCGUUUGUGCCAUAUGCUGUGAAGAAAAUUGGAGCUGCUGCCGGUGUGAUGAUCACUGCUUCUCACAACAGAAAAGAGGAUAAUGGAUACAAGAUAUACUGGCAGAACGGGGCUCAGAUUUCUUCACCACAUGAUAAGGAGAUCCUGCAGUGUAUAAAAGAGAAUCUGGAGCCAUGGGCCGAGUCCUGGAAAGAAGACCUGGUUGAGAGCAGCCCGCUGAGAAGUGAUCCACUGGAGGAUGUCUGUCGCUGGUACAUGGAGGAGCUGAAUACUGUGUGCUUCCACAGAGAGCUCAACACAAGUUCGCCCUUGAAGUUUGUGCAUUCAUCCUUCCAUGGAGUCGGCCAUUCUUAUGUCCAGCGGGCGUUUCAGGCAUUUGGUUUUCCACCUCCUAUCCCUGUGCCGGAGCAGAUGAAUCCAGAUCCAAACUUCUCCACUGUCAGCUGCCCUAACCCAGAAGAAGGAGAGUCAGUUCUGGAGCUGUCCCUUCGACUUGCAGAGAGAGAGGAAGCCAAGAUCGUGCUGGCCACAGACCCUGAUGCUGAUCGCCUGGCUGUUGCAGAGCAAUGUGGCAGGUGUAGUUGGAAAGUGUUUACUGGGAAUGAGCUGGCUGCAUUGCUGGGCUGGUGGAUGCUGUUUAACUGGAAGGAGACUCACCCAGACCCAGCAGAAUCUGAGAGAAUGUACAUGCUGGCAACCACGGUCUCCUCCAAAAUACUCAAAGCUUUGGCACAAAUGGAGGGCUUCCACUUUGAGGAAACAUUACCUGGCUUCAAAUGGAUUGGAAAUAGAAUCCAUGAGUUAACAAAAACAGGAAAGGAGGUCAUUUUUUCCUUUGAAGAGUCCAUUGGAUUUCUAUGUGGGAGCAUGGUGCUUGACAAGGAUGGAGUUAGUGCUGCUGCUGUUGUCGCUGAGAUGGCAGCAUAUUUACAUACCAGAAAUGUUACUCUUAACCAACAACUUCAAAACAUCUAUGAAACUUAUGGCUACCACAUUUCUAGAACGUCCUAUGUUGGUUGCAAUGACCCUCCCACUGUCAAAAGAAUAUUUAGCCACUUGCGCAACUUUGAAGAAGAGAACGUUUACCCAGAGACAUGUGGAGGAUACAGCAUUGCACACAUCAGAGAUGUGACUACAGGUUAUGACAGCAGUCAGCCUGACAAAAAAUCUGUUCUCCCAAUGUCCAAAAGCAGUCAGAUGAUUACAUUCACAUUUCACAAUGGCAUUGUUGCCACUCUUAGGACUAGUGGGACAGAGCCCAAAAUCAAAUACUACACAGAGUUCUGCGCACCACCUGGAAAGAGUGAUAUCUCCAAUCUUGAAGAGGAGUUAAAGAAAGUGACCUCUGCUCUGGUGGAGGAGUUUCUGGAACCUGAGAGGAAUAAUCUGAUUCGCAGAUCUGUUUAGAAGUGUCUUACUUACAAAGAUUGUUGUCCUUGUGGACUUGCUUCAUCUUGAUAGAUUUAAAAAAAUCGGAAUGUAUUUCUCACUGUGAAAUGAAGUCUGUUGCUGCAAAGUUCUUAAGAUGCAGAUCAAUGCAGAGUAAAUAAGCAUGCUUGGUUCUGCCUUUGUCGUUUAUGUAUCAUGAGUAUUUACAGUGGCAUAGAGUUCUCUUGAAAACGAGUGUCUGGUCAAUCAAAAUAAGCAGCAAUUUUUUUUUCUUCUCCAUGAUGUUUUUGGUUUUGGUUAGUUAUGAGAAGACUACACUAAUUGAUCAUUUUCCACAGUGUGGAAUGUCCCAUCUUGCGUUAUGAUCUAUGCCCUUAUGGAUGUGAUUAAAGAUAGAAUGGAUCACCAUUGACAGAGCUCACUGCCAAUUCAACAAUCAAUGCUAGCAUGAGAAGAUCAGGCAUGUCCUAAUAUGCAGGAGCCAUUUGAAAGACUUUUCAAAGUUCUCUCUUAAUACAUGUAACCUGAUGGUUAUUCUUGGCAAGAAAUGUGUGACAUAUUUGUGUAGAAGACAUGAAGAAAGAUGAUACUAAGUAAUAUUUACAUGUAAUAUGUAUUCUUUUCUCCUGUUAUUGACUAAGCAUUGUGAGGGCAUUAUUUAGGAUAAGCUAAAGCAGAUUUCUCAAUGUAUCUACUGUAGGUUUCCUAGAUUGUGAUAUACCAUGCCUAGGAUCAGUUCUGAGCAUUUUCUCUAGAGCUUAAGAGGCCCAUUGGUUUAAAUAAGUUAUAAAAUACUGAAAAUGGAAUACUUCAUAGUUUCCACUGCUAUCUGUAGCUGAACUGGAAACUGUCUUGUUUUUUGUGAGCCAAAGGUAGUGAUGGGCUUGAGGAUUCUGCACAAUAGAGAGCUGUUUGCACUCAAAUAGCUUUUGUGUGCAUCACUGAAAGGGAGGAAACCCACACAUCUCACAAAUGCACAUAUGAUGGCAGUUACUUCAAAAUUACCCAAAGGAUUUACAUUGAUCAGUAUUAUUUGAUAUUGACUUUCUUUUAAUUCAUUAAUUCAGAAAUGCCUGCUCAGAAGUGAUUGAAAAAUCUCAAUCUCUAGCGUUUUACGCAUUAUUGAGUGCUGUGCUGUGGAUAGGCCGGUCAAGGGCUGUUCUGAGCUCAAUUCCAGAUGGGCAGAAACUGCUUUUGAGCAGGAGGACAUUAUGCCAGCUGUAAAGCCUGAUGGGGUGGCAUUACAGUUAAAUGCUGCUUGGCUGUUUGAUGGUCUGAACAGUUUGAUAUCACCGAACCACAUUGUAUUGAAAUGUACUAGAGCAGUAGACCUCAGUGUUUGUCCUGAAUGACCACUGCCCUGCAUAUUUAAAUAUUUAUCUUAUUUCCCCUCCUGUAACACUCAGUUCAAAGUUAAAAGCUAGGUUUGUACAUUAGAUUAAGGUCAGAAAAGGAGAGAAAUUACAAAAUUGUGCAGGGAAGGGCCACUCAAGGGCCGGAAUGGACAAAACUGUGCUACACAGUGUUCAAGCUGUGUGAAAAGUUGUCAGGGGAACAUGGUGCUCUUGAGAAAGCCAAUCUGUGUAUAGGAGUGGAUGAAAGGGUAAUUUUCUAGGGUCAUUCAGUUAAUAAAUUCAAAGUGUAGAUUUUGAUUGCAUUGAUUAUAUUGAUCUUAUUUUGUGUUCCAAGUUGGUUUGAUUACAUUUGCUUAAAUUGAUGUGUGCAGAAUAAGUCAGAAUAAGUAAAUAAAUAAAAUACCUCACUCCUGCCUUCAGCUAUAAAACUAUACAGAAGUACAUCAGCACUCUAUUAAAAAUCAUUGUUUACACAGUGUGGUGUCAGUGGUGCACAGAAUGGUAGUCCUUGCAGAGUAAAAGUUAACAGUAGAUAGUACAUGAAUGCUACUAUUUAAUGACUUGGGGCAGUCUUGUCACAGAUUUAAUUCAGUUUUCCAAAGUUGGGUUGUUGUAACAUAGAGGCAGCAAUGGAUAUGAUCUAUUUAGGUAGAACCAGCUUUGCUCACAAUUUAGAACAAGGCAAGAAACCAAAAAUGGCUGCUGUUGAACUCAAGUUUUCUUGUUAGAGAGCGCUGCUUUGCUUUUCUCCUGCUGGUUAUAACAGUUGCUGCUUGUGAUGAUGAGACACCUCCUUUACAGCUGUGCAGCUACUUCAUCCACUUAAUCCCAUUUAAGCAAUCUCUUUUGUAUGUGGUGUUCUGUGGAUCUUGGUUGAUUUGUGGUUUUGUGUGUCUGUGUACAAGUGGUUCGCACAGUCGUUCAUAACAAAGGAAAACGUGCUGCUCUUAUUGAAUUAACUGUAGCAGUGCAGAUAUUCAGUUUUUGUUUUCGACCAUGAGAUUUAUCAUUGGUAGCAGGACAUGAUAAUAUAUUUAUUUUGUAUAUUCCUAACAUUACACCAUGUAUAACUUCCAUGAGGUGUUACAUGACCUGGAUUUUGAGAAGAGAUUAUACAAGAAAGCACUUAAUGUUGGCAUAUAAAGUAGUGCAAAGAGAGCAGAUUAUAUAUUUUAGAUAAAUGAGUUUUGAAAACCAAAGGAAGAAUAUUUUCUUUACAGUGUUAAUGUGUGUAAAUCAAUUAUUUAUUUGUGGUGAUAAUGAAGCCUUGUUUCAUGCAUUGCAUUUCUUUUCUUUUACCAAUAAAAGUUUGCUUAGGCAAAUUGACGGAA